UCGCAAAUACCUCAAAUUUACUUAAAAUAACUACAAACUGAAUAUAAUUCUUUGUCUUUAAGGUUACACACGAGACUAAUAUUCCAUCCACUGAUACUGGUAGAAAAUAUGAACAAAAACAAUAAAAUAAAUUCAAAAUAGGAACUAAACACCCAGUCUCGUGUUUGCGAUUUUAUUGCCGUGUUCACUUUCCUUCCCGAUUAUUAUUUUUGGGGAAAAUCUGAUACAUCUCCGUCAUUUCAAGCAAGGAGCCUCCUCUCCGUGCCCCGAGACAAUCUAAAUCAACCCAAAUAUCUCCCAUUCAAGGGGCGAUAAUCCCCCAAAAACUCUGAAAAAAGAGGUUGUAAUAUUGUGAAUUCGUAGUGAGGUUAUAGGGACCCAAGAGCCAUCGUCAUACAACCAUCGGUUCUUACGGAAAAGGGUGAAAUAUUUAAUCCCCAAUUAUGGCGAAAGUGGAUCAAAUAACGGUUCGGAACUCACCAAAACUGCGAGAAAAGAUGAACCAAGAGGGAGAAAUAUUAAAAUCGCAAGAAGACGAGAAAAGUAAUUCAGAAAAGAUUGAUGUUUCAGUUGUCAUCCCGGUCCACAAUGCAAACCUGUGGCUCGAUGACUGCCUGGCCUCCAUCAGCCGCCAGCAACACACACUUAACGUUGAAGUGUCUUUAUUCUUGGACAGCUGCACAGACGACUCUGAGAGAAUCGUACAAGGCUGGUCUACAAAGCUCAAGGAACAAGGCUAUGCUGUUAUUACUGCUGUCGAAAACAAUGAAAACCCAAAAGGAGUUGGUUAUGCAAAGAACAGAGCAGUAGAACAAAGUCAUGGAGAGUUUCUGUGCUUCUUGGAUUCUGAUGAUAUAAUGAAACCAACAAGAAUUCAGAAGCAAUAUGAGAUGGCAUUCCACAAUCAUGAAGCUAUUAUUGGCAGCAGAUUUACACGUGACCCUCCAGAUUCAACUCUACGGUUCACAAAAUGGGCAAAUGAACUUGACGAAUCCAAACUGACCAUACAAGUGUAUACCUCCCAUGGUCCUACUGUGAUAAUGCCAACUUGGUUCUGCCAUCGAAAUGUUUUUAACAGAGUUGGUGGGUUUAGUGAAGCUGGAAAGGGAACACCAGAAGACCUCAUAUUUUUCUUCAGGCACCUACAACUGGGUGGCAAGGUCUUCCGUCACCCUGAUGAUCUCCUUGUAUAUAGAUAUCACCAAACUGCAACAACAUUUUCUAUUGAUGAACAAACGAUCUGGAAUUUAAGGAUCCAAGAAAUACAAGAAUGCAUUCUAUGCCACUGGGAAUCUUUCACCAUCUGGAAUGCAGGCAAGCAGGGCCGUAAGUUUUACAGGUCCCUCACGACUGAAAACCAAAGGAAGGUUGUGGCAUUUUGCGAUGUUGAUGUGAAGAAAAUUGGGACAUCUUAUACAUAUGAGGAGUCCAAGGAAAGGCCUAAGCCCAAAGUGCCAAUUGUUCACUUCAGCCAGGUCAAGCCACCCCUGAUCAUUUGUAUGAAGAUGGUGAGACAAAUUUCCAUUCAUUACAUUUACAUUAUGGGAAAUAGUGAAAACAUUCGCUAUCUAAAAAACAAAAUAUUCACACACGCACACGCACAUGAAUAUACUAUAUUGUGCUAGUAUUUACUAUUUCAGUAGUAAUUUGAGUACUUUAUCCAAUAAUUCUUCAUUUGAAUUUGUGUU